GUGGAGACGGACGGUUCAGAGGAAGCAAACGAGAAAGGUUGGUUGCCUUAUGGUUACUUUUGGAUCCCACCAAAGGCUGCCGCUCAUUACCUGCGGGAGACUCUCUCUUCUACCGACCUAUACACCAGAACCAGGAUAGCCAUGUAUCUCAAGACGCAGUUUGGUACCACAAAGGACAGCUGGCUUAUCCAUGAUAACGACGACGAUGAUUUGCCGGCAAUCACCUUGGACAGUCCUGUCGCGGAUCGUGUGAGGCGCUACGGUGUCACCAAACUGGUUGGUCUUGGCCAAGAACACUCAAGGACCACUUCCACUUCGACACUCUCCGCCGGCGUGCUCCUUAGCCCGAGUAACAUUUCCGGAACGGAGCCUCACACGUACAUCCACCACCAGGCCUUCACCAACCUAUCUUAUGACAACCAAGCUUAUGAGACGUGAUCCAUGUAACCUACGAAUUUCAUAAUGGAAAUAUAAAGCGAACUUAAUUGAAUUUCGAUAAGGGAUAUAAUCUCUUAGCUAUUUCUUUCUUGCAAUGCCUUGCUAUGGCUUUUCUCUUCUACAGCAAAAGCUUAAGAUAGCUUUCUGAUUUAGCUCUGUCACUCAACACAACACCGUCCUAUAUUAUCCAUCACUAGCCCGUCCAACCACAUAGGCAACUUAACAUUAUAUUCUCCUGUUAUUCACGUUCACUGCUGCUUCUUUGAAAUUCUGCUGCCUCACGUCUAAUGCAUCAAGGAUUCUGUAGGAGGAUGGGUCACUCCCGUGGGUGAACUCGUUCAUCCCCGAUUUUAGCGCUGCCAAGCGGCUACUAAGCACUGUAUAAACAACAGUUAGAAGGCAGAGAUUAAAAGAAGGAGUUAUGUAUAUCGGUGAA